CGCAGUCCAGCGGGGUUCGAGGGCUGUGUGAGACAGCACCGCUGCGAUGGCGUCCUAUUUCGAUGAACACGACUGCGAGCCGUUGGAUUCCGAGCAGCAGGCCCGAACCAAUAUGCUGCUGGAGCUCGCAAGGUCACUUUUCAAUAGGAUGGACUUUGAAGACUUGGGGUUGGUAGUAGAUUGGGAACAUCACCUGCCUCCACCUGCUGCCAAAGCUGUGGUUGAGAACCUUCCUAGGAGAGUCAUCAGGGGCUCUCAGGCCGAGCUCAAGUGCCCCGUGUGUCUUUUGGAAUUUGAGGAGGAGGAGACUGCCAUUGAGAUGCCUUGCCAUCACCUCUUCCAUUCCAGCUGCAUUCUGCCCUGGCUAAGCAAGACAAAUUCCUGCCCCUUGUGCCGCCAUGAGCUGCCCACUGAUGAUGACACUUACGAGGAACAUAGACGAGAUAAGGCUCGCAAGCAGCAGCAAAAGCACCGACUUGAGAACCUCCAUGGAGCCAUGUACACAUGAGGUGCCUGGGGCUGAGUACCAGUCCUCCACAUCUUUCUCUUGCACCUCAAAUCCUCAUUAAAAUUUUCUUUACCCACCCUGCA